GUAUUUGCCUUUGUUCAUUAUUUUUUUAUUUUUGAGAAUGACAUCGGUUUCAUCGUCUAAAGAGUGUCUAUCACAGGCGCUUAUUUGUAAAAUCAUACCAAAUCAGGAGUAUCUACUACAAGGAUCAAUUAUAGAAUCUGCUGUUGACCAUUUAUUACACAGACUUCGGGGACUUUGUGACAAUGUUGAAACAGCUCCUGAAACGUUUCACGAUUUGGAAGUGUGUAUGAGCAUGAGGCAACCAAAUCAACAAUUAAGUGUGCGAGUACGUCGAGCUCUAGAUAGGGAUGCACCUUUUCAACUGCGUUAUAUAGGACAACCUGAAUUGGAUCGUUCAAGACCGACACUUGUACGAUCUAGUAUUGAUGUAGGAUGUACUUCUACUAUUCUCGAAUUUUUAACUGAACUUGGCUGUCGCCUUGACUUUGAAUAUGUUAGUCAAGGGUAUAUGUUUCGAAAAGGACGUAUGAAGAUAACAGUUGCAAAAAUCUUUAAAAUAAUGCCCGGAAAACAGCACGACGGAGAACCGGUUUGUCAUAGCUAUCUUGUAGAAUUAUCAGUAUUAGCACCAAAUGGUCAAGACGCUAUUGGCGAUGAAAUGAGAAUUUUUGCAGAACAAUUAAAGCCUUUAGUACAACUUGAAAAAAUUGAUUAUAAAAGACUGGGAACUUUGCCAUAAUUUAUAGAAUCCGAUAGUUAUCGUAUUUAUAAUACCGAAUCUUAAAUGUUGGGUUAUUGGCAUUCCGCAAUUUUUUUUUUCAAAUAUUACCAUUUCAAAUUGUUUUUCAGAAGUUUCUAAAUAUAUUUCAGAAUUUACGAAUUGAAUUGUAAUCCGAAAUUAACUCUAUUAACAACUGUAUCCCAUAAAUACAGAGUGGGGCAACUUCGACUGACUGACCUAUUUUUACCAAAUCCAUUUAAAUGAAAAUGUACUUCAUCGCACAUAAAGAGAUUGUUCAAAAAAUUCGGAACAAAUCAAGUUCCCAGAAAUAUUUUAUAUUUUUAUAAUUGUUUUUCUGUUAAUAUUCAUAUAUUCUGUAUUGGCGGCCUUUUGCAAAUAAAAAAAAAUUGUCAAAAAAUUAUUUUUAUUUUUUCAUUCGAGAAAUAAAUGCUUUUUUUCAUUCCCAACGAUCAAACAA